CGUCGGAUAUCGUAACCAGAGAGCGCAUUUGUAUGAAGAUUUUCGUGCAGCGCAGUACUGUUCCAUAUCAUAUACUUGUUUAUUAUAACUGAAACUUUAUAUCUCACAAUGUCCCACGUAGCUGGCAAAGAAAACCUUCACAAUGGAUUAAACAACGUGCAUAUUAAGUCUCCAGUAAAGAACGUUCUAUCAGAGCGCAGCGACAACAUGGCUGAAGAGAAAAUGGAAGUUGAAAAGGUGUCAAAAGUUGUCGAGUUUGAUCCUCAGCUUGAACCCCUGCUGCGGGAGAAUCCUCGACGUUUCGUUAUUUUCCCUAUUCAAUACCCGGAUAUCUGGCAAAUGUACAAGAAGGCGGAGGCGUCUUUCUGGACAGUCGAAGAAGUGGAUUUAUCGAAGGAUUUGUCAGACUGGGAGAGUCUAAAGGACUGCGAAAGGCAUUUCAUAAAACAUGUCUUGGCAUUUUUUGCUGCAUCUGAUGGAAUUGUCAAUGAGAAUCUUGUUGAACGCUUCUCUCAAGAAGUACAAGUGACAGAGGCUAGAUGUUUUUAUGGCUUUCAAGUAGCUAUGGAAAAUGUCCACUCUGAAAUGUAUUCACUACUUAUUGAUACAUACAUCAGAGACCCUAAGGAAAGAGAUUUCCUGUUCAAUGCAAUUGAAACACUUCCCUGUGUUAAAAGGAAGGCAGACUGGGCACUACAGUGGAUAGCAAGCAAAACUGCCACAUUUGGUGAAAGAAUCAUUGCAUUUGCUGCAGUAGAAGGAAUAUUCUUCUCUGGUAGCUUUGCUUCCAUUUUCUGGUUGAAAAAGCGAGGUCUCAUGCCUGGACUUACAUUUAGCAAUGAACUGAUCUCUAGGGAUGAGGGCCUGCACACCGACUUCGCGUGCCUCAUGUUCAAGCACCUGGUGCAGAAGCCGAGCCGCGAGCGCGUGCUGCACAUAGUGCGCGAGGCGGUGGCCAUCGAGCAGGAGUUCCUCACGGACGCGCUGCCCGUGCGCCUGCUCGGCAUGAACUGCGAGCUCAUGUCGCAGUACAUCGAGUUCGUCGCGGACCGCCUGCUGGUUGAACUUAUUGGGGAGAAGCAUUACAAUACCAAGAAUCCAUUUGACUUCAUGAACCUAAUUUCCUUGGAAGGGAAAACAAACUUCUUCGAGAAGAAAGUCGGCGAGUACCAAAAGUGGGGCGUGAUGGCCAACCCUAUGGACAAUGUGUUUACAUUAGACGCAGAAUUUUGAUUCGAUCUUUAUCAAAGAUUUAGUACAGUAUUAGACGAGAUAUUCGUUUUUCCCAAAAAUUACCAGUCGAUCUGGUAUUUAGCACGAAUCGAUAAUAUAAGUUUAGAUGUAUAUUUAUAUUGACUUUUUAAAGACUAUAGACUAAAUUGUGUACCUACUUAAUAUAUUAUUAAGAGUAUAGAUUGUAAGACAAAUCGUAUCUCAAACAGUGUUUUGAAGUGAUUGUGUUAGUUUUAUUAUUUUAAGCUAAAGAGAAUAUGACGUAUGAAUAAUGAUUUUGUGAUAUAUCGUAAUAUGGAUUUUGAAUAAAAAUUACAUCACCUAC